UAUCGCGAGAUCGAUGUAAACAAAUUUUUUUCUGUUUUGUUUUUGCUUUUAGCGACAAUUUCUUUUUUUCGAUAAUAAUUGAAAAAUUAUAUUUGGUUUAAAUCAUCAAUUCUAUAAUAAAUUUUAAUUUUUCCCAUUCAAUAAUGAGUGAAACCGAAACUAUUGUUCGAGAUAUUUUUGGUGAUAGUGAUGAAAGUGAUGAUGAAUUCGAAGGAUUUGAUGGUGAUGUUGGUGGAGAAAAAUCUCCGGAUAAUCAACAACAAUCUGAUGAUAAAAAUGAGGAUAAUGAUGAUGAAAAAAAAUCUAAUGACGAUAAAGAAUUUGGUUCAGAAGAUUCAUCGGAUGAAGAAAUUUCAGCAAAUCGUCCGGUAGAAUUGGAUGAAGAAAAAGAAUCUGAAGAACAAAUUGCCAAAGAGGCAAUACCCGAUAUAUCCGAUAGUGAUGAAAGAUCCGAUGAUGAUGAUGAUAUUAAUCGAAAUGAAAGACAUGGUAUGAUGUAUGACUUUGAUAUAAUGUUACAAAAACGUAAAGAAAUGAAUUCAAGACGAAGGCGACGAAAAAAUAUUGAUAUUAUCAAUGAUAGUGAUGAUAUAAUUGCCGAAUUGAUACAUGAUAUGAGACAAGCAGCUGAUGAGGAUUUUGAAUUGAAUCGUAAUCGUCAAACUGCUACACGAAAAUUGAAAAUGAUGUCAUUAGUUGAAACACAAUUGAAAAAGAUUGAUCUUCGUGAAGCAUUAUUGGAUUCAGGAAUUCUAAGCGUUAUUACCGAUUGGUUGACUAGAUUACCUGAUGGUAGUUUACCACAUUUACAGAUUCGUGAAAAAUUACUUAGAAUUUUAAGUGAAUUUAAUAUCGAUGAUAUUGAUCGUAUUAAAGCAAGUGGUAUUGGAAAAGCUGUCAUGUAUCUGUAUAAACAUCCAAAAGAAACGAAAGAAAAUAAAAAAAUCGCUGGUCAAUUAAUUGCCAAUUGGUCUAGGCCUAUAUUCAAUAUGGAUUCCGAUUUUCAUGCCAUUAGCCGUGAUCAACGUGAAAAACGUGAUUUCGAACAUAUGGCCAAAUUCAAACGAAGUCAAUCAGAUUCGGGUGAAGCUUCAAGUUCAAAAAUGGCUAAAACCGAACAAAGAAUUAUUCGUCCGGGUGAAAAAGGUUGGGUACCUCGUGCACGUGUACCGAUGCCAUCAAUGAAAGAUUAUGUUGUACGUCCAAAAUCAACCGUAGAAAUGGAUUUGUCACGAAUAACAAGUAAAAAACCCAUUACAAAAUUGGAAAAACAUAUGCGAAAUUUUCGCGAAAUGAAAAAAAUAAACAAAAUGAAUCGUGCUAUACCUAUAAGUAUCGAAGGAAGAAAAAUGGCAUUAUGAUUCAUUUUUUUCAAUUUUUUAUUCUUGAAUAUAAAUUUCUCGUUUUAUUUUUAUUAUUA